CCCCCUAGAGGAAAAAUCACCGUGUUUGCAAACAAUUAAUUUCUCGUCCUGCGGUGUUCGCCUCCCAGUGACGAACACCGAGCAUCACCGUGGCCACGUCAUCUUUCAGAAUCAGUCGGGAACAGAACAGCCGUGUUUACUGCGACGCUUCAACAAGCCAUUCUCCAGAUCCACAGAAACAUGAACGUAUUCAGACUGACGGGGGAUCUCUCCCAUUUAGCAGCCAUCAUCAUCCUCCUGCUGAAGAUCUGGAAAACCAGGUCGUGUGCGGGAAUCUCUGGGAAGAGUCAGAUCCUCUUUGCCUUGGUGUUCACCAGCCGCUAUCUGGACCUUCUCACUGCCUUCAUUUCCUUCUACAACAGCAGCAUGAAGGUCAUCUAUAUCGCAUGUGCCUACGCCACGGUUUACCUGAUAUACGUUAAGUUCAAGGCCACGUAUGAUGGCAACCACGACACUUUCAGGGUGGAGUUCCUGGUCGUUCCAGUCGGCGGUCUGGCCUUCCUCGUCAACCAUGACUUCUCUCCUUUAGAGAUCAUGUGGACGUUCUCCAUCUAUCUGGAGUCCGUGUCUAUCCUCCCACAGCUGUUCAUGAUCAGCAAGACCGGAGAAGCCGAGACCAUCACCACACACUACCUCUUCUUCCUCGGCCUCUAUCGCGCUCUGUAUCUCAUUAACUGGAUCUGGCGCUUCUACUUCGAAGGCUUCUUCGACAUGAUCGCCAUCGUGGCCGGCGUCGUUCAGACAAUCCUGUACUGUGAUUUCUUUUAUCUCUACGUAACAAAAGUGUUGAAGGGAAAGAAGCUGAGUCUGCCAGCUUAGAUCUGAAAGACAGCAGCGCAUGAAGCGGCACGCGACGCAGAGGACGAGUAAGAUGCUUGAGACGGAGUACGAAAGAAGAGAUCCAGUCCUGCUCUGGAUUCAAGCCCGGGCCGAAACACGGCUUCACAGAGUCUUCGGAUUCCCGUUUUAUGCAUCUUGUCUUACCCUUUUUUAUUAUUCUGUAUCAAAGAAAAAGUUUUCUACAUGAAGAGCGUGCUAUGAUUUGACCGGCGGCAUCAUAAACGAGCUGAAAAUUGUGCAAACAGGCAGGGACUGAUUCUUAUGAUGAAUAUUGAUUUUGUUUGUAAGAGUAUUUUCAAUCGGAUUAAAUGCACAUGUUUUCAAAAAGAUUAUGGGAGUAUUUGUUGCUCCAUGGGAUGGAAUUGAAUGGAAAAUAAGUGUUUGCUCAAUUUCUUAAUGCAGUAACCCUUUGUUAAAGAAGGUCGGUCAUAAUAUAGUGGUUCCCCAAACUGCUUAAUUGGGUUUAAGAUGUAAAUUUCUAAUUUGUACUCAAAACGGCUCAACUUUUGGGAACCAUGCCACUGUCUGGCAGCGUACAGUAUUGACACUGCCUUUAUCACUGUAAAUGGCUUCUAAAAGAAGCAAAAAAUAAACCGUACAAAUGUUCUCACAGAUUAUUAUGCAGCUUAUUUUUAGGAUUUUUACAUUUAUUUUUUUGAAACUUCUUCUGUAGUUUUGAUUUGCUUUGAGGGUUUUUUCCUUUCUUUUUGCUGGAAUGUGAAUCAAUGGACAGAUAUUGAUCAUGAAUUGAUCCUGUCCGGUAAGUCUUGACCAGUAUUGCCCAUACUCUAUUAAUAUCAACAUGUAUGUUGAUGAGAUGUGCAUUUUAUUUCUGAUCUACGUAUAUGAGCAGAGUUUUAAUA